AAACCCACCAUUUGGGAACUUUCAGUUAACAUUCGCAAACUUCUGUUGCCUCCGGCUUUUGACUCAUAUAGGGAAAACACGACCUCUCCCCCAGAUAACAAAAGGAAAACCAAUUGGACAUUGUAUGCCAAAAUGGGAAACAUGGAGUCAAGCGAAGAGGAGUUUGGACUACCUAACAACCUAUUAUUGUUGGCAUUACGUGAUGGUUUCUGUCAACGGAUUCAUCCAACAGAAAUACCCAUCAAGAAAAUCUACCAACUGUUUUUCUAA